AUGCCCGGACUCAAAGUGAGUUCCCCCUCCUCAAGCUGUUAUCACCCACUCUACGAGCGAGUGGUGGGCCCCUCUCUCUUGCCUCUCUUGCCUCUCUUUCCUCUCUUUCCGCCCCGCCCCCGCCUUACUCGGCAAGCUGACCCAACGUGUUAACGUGUUACGUGUUACCCCGGUCGUGGUUGGGUGGUGCGCUCCUCCGUUGCAGGUCGCUCUGCUCGGUGCCGCUGGUGGUAUCGGACAACCGCUUGCUCUCUUGCUCAAGCAGGUAAAUUCUUUCUACUCGACCAGUCUCGAGUAACGCUUCUCUGCUAACUGACGACGGUGUUGGGUUUCCCCCCCGCCGUCCCGCUCUCCGCCCGCUGCGACCGUAGAACCCCGCCGUCACCGAAUUGGCCUUGUUCGAUGUCGUCCCCGUCGUGAAGGGUACGUCCAAACGAGCACACCUUUUUGACUCCUCAACUGCUGUGACUGACCCGCCCGUGAGCCCAUGGCUCCAGGUGUCGCUGCCGACAUCUCCCACGUCGACAGUCCCGCGGUCACGACCGGCUACACCAAGGACGACGACGGACUCAAGCACGCCUUGAAGGACGCCCAGGUCGUCGUCAUCCCCGCUGGUGUUCCCCGCAAGGUCAGUGUUUUCUUGAUUCCCGCCCGCGUCGAUGCACGCCUCCGUCAUACACCGCCGAAGUGGGAGGACCCCGGAGAGAGUCGGGAUGGCACUCUCUAUCCAUCCCCGGAACUCCGAAUUUCCUCUUCGGCUGGCCACGGAGCGUACAACCCCCAUUCGAGAAGGGGCCUUUCCUGUAGUACUCGACUGACUCUGUUCUUGCAUCUACUACACUGCUUAACCGCGUGAACCUUCGAUGACGAUGUUCUCGGCGAACUCGUAGCCCGGUAGUGAGUGAAUACCACAUCCAGCUUCCCGAGCAGCCUGCGCCUAGAACUGACUCGAAUACACCAUCGAUUCGCAGUGACCCGCGAUGACUUGUUCAACAUCAACGCCGGCAUCGUCCGUGACCUCGCCACCGCCAUCGCCGAAACCUGCCCCAAGGCUUUCGUCUGCGUAAGUGAUCUGUCGGCGACACCUGACUGCAUGACCACCAGAUCUGACCCAUUUCAUUGCCAUUACGCGCGAGUCAGAUCAUCUCCAACCCCGUCAACUCGACGGUGAGUGCCGAAGAGCCACGUCCGCUCAGGAGCUGAAACUUACCGCGAAUUCGUCCUUUUAGGUCCCCAUUGCUGCCGAGGUCUUCAAGAAGGCCAACGUCUUUGACCCCAAGCGGUGAGCACAACACUGCACUCUUCCUGUCAACACUCUUUGGCCGCCCGACUCACGCCUGGGUUCUCACAGCGUCUUUGGUGUCACCACCUUGGACGUCGUUCGAUCGUCGACCAUGUCGGCCCAAGCGAUCGGCGAGCCGACCCAUGGUCCCAAGUACACGAUCCCGGUCGUCGGUGGUCACUCUGGCGUGACGAUCCUACCCCUCCUCUCGCAAUCCGAGCCCGCCUUACCUUCUUCGCUCUUGAACGACCAAGACAAGUUGUCCAAAUUGAUCACCCGCAUCCAACAAGGUGGUGACGAGGUCGUGCAAGCCAAAGCCGGUGCAGGAUCCGCUACUUUGUCGAUGGCUUACGCCGGCUACAAGUUCGUCGAGAGGUUGAUCGACGCCGCUUUCAAGGGAAAGAAGGGCGUGAUCGAACCUACGUACGUUUACGUCAAGGACGACACCAAGUUGCAACAGGAGAUUGGAACGCCUUUGGAUUUUUUCGCCGUACGCGUCGAAUUGGGUCCCAAUGGUGCUGAAAAGUUGUUGCCUUUGGGUUCGAUGAGCGAAUUCGAGAAGGGCUUGUUGAAGCACGUGACGGGAGAAUUGGGAGGUUCGAUCACGAGUGAGUGGAGAGUGGUUUCAUUCGUAGCGAUGGCUGGUCUUACCCCCUUCGGAUGGGCUGAUCGCUUUUUUUUUUUCGCUUUUUCGUCGUCGCAGAGGGUGUCGAGUUCAUCUCCAAGCUUUAG